AUGACAAGAAUCACUUGGUUGGAUGGCCUACGAGGUCUAGCUGCUGCCAAUUCUGUCGUUCGACACGCGUUCUAUAUGGAGCCCAAAAGUGUGUUUGGAUUUCUGUUCCGCUCGUACUGGGCCGAGCCUCGUGAAGCAAAUCGCCAUUUAAUUGAGCUUCCACCAUUUCGACUCAUCUUUGCCUCAAGCUCAUGGGUCACCUGUUUCAUGGUCUUGUACGGAGUUGCAAUUUCAAUACCCAUCAUUCAAUCCCGGAAUCUCCCCGGCGACAAACAUGGAUCUUGGAUCAAGGUUGUGUCCUCGCAGGCAACUGGUCGAGUCUUCCGUCUCUAUCUGCCAGUUUUCUGCAUCUCUCUCCUAUCAAAUUUGUUGUUCUUUUGUGGUCUAGUAAUUCACCCACAAGCGAUCCAAAUGAUGAAGCGAGCCUGGGAUUUGCAGCCGCUGGAAGCACCCUGGGCGCACAUCAAAUUCUCGCUGUGGCAAUUGGUUCAUCUGACCACUUUUGUUCGAUACGAACUUGACAUCGCCAACACGCUGGAGCGAGAUGAUUUGGAGGGUGUUCUGAACCCACAAUUAUGGUCCAUUCCAGUUGAUUUUCGUGGCUCAUUGGCGGUUUACUUUUUGCUCUUUGUCACUGGAUUUUGGAGGCCGCUCCCCCGUCGCCUCUUUUUCACAGCAGUAGCUUUUUGGUGGUUUUUCCUCGGGCAGUGGGAUUUAUUCGCAUUCACGUCAGGCAUGUGCGUUGCGGAGCACCUCUAUGGAAACACCGAAGAAACAAAGGGUGCCAUACGCCUGUCCUCUGACUCUGAACCUUCCGACCGCUCUAUCGGGAGUACUGUCAACCAGAGCUGGAACAAAAUCCAAUCAUCGACCGCUUUCAAUUACCUAUGGAAACCUUCAGCCUUCAUUGGGGGUUUGUUUCUGAUGUCUUUACCAGAUGACGGACCCCUUGGCGCAGAGUAUCAUUUCCUACUUGACAUUCCAACCUCCCCAUGGUGGACGGUCACCGAAAUUUUCAACAGAUGUUGGACCGGACUCGGAGCAACUCUGGUGAUUAUCACUAUUGCAAAUACAAAAUGGCUGCAAUACCCACUCGACUCGCAACUAUUACAGUAUAUGGGCCGGAUAUCUUAUCCAGUCUAUGUAAUUCACUUUGCAGUUUAUUUUUCCUUCAAGUGGCCAUUGCAGAACUUGUUCUGGUACAUUGCCAGAGGGGAAGGGUAUCCUGGAUCUGAGGCGGCCUGUUUAAACAAAGGCGCGCUCACAUUCACCUGGGUUGGUUCGCUUCUUACCUGUAUCACCAUCAUGAUUAUCUUGGGAGAUCUAUUUGAGAAACAUGUUGAUGCGAUAGCCCGAUAUGCUGGGAAGUGGUUUGAGCAACAAGUCACUGAACAGCCGAAAUAA